AUGGAUGACAAACUAUGUGGGAGGUUUCGUCUUUUGAUAAGAUAUUUACCUGAUGAAUUAAACACAUCUACAGAACACGAUUUUCAUGAUAAUGGGAAAAUUAGUAAUUAUUGCCCUAUUGAAGAUUCAGGAAACAAAAAAAAAUGUAAGACUGAUUUUGAUAAAAUUAAGGCUGGAUGUUUAUGGUUGUUUGAGCAAUUGUUUGUGAAAAAUAAUAAUAGUAAUACCAAUAAUGUCGAAUAUAUUAUGGUAUGGUUAAGUUAUAUGUUAACCUUAAAUAAAAAUCACAAAAUCAACAAUCUAAAAGAAUUUUAUGAUGCGCAUAUAAAGAAUAAUACGUAUUAUAUUAAUUGUGAUAAUAAUGGUAAACCUUGUAGUGAUUCAUUAAAAAAAAUAACGGGAUAUACAAAUUAUAAGGAAAUCAUAGAUAAUAAAAUACAUUUUAUGACUAUUGGUAUUAAUGAUUUGUCUAAAUUUUAUGAUGCAUUUAAAUUAUUAUGUAAUCUGUAUAAUGAAAUUACUAAAAAAAAUCCAAAUUGCGAUAAAUAUUUGGAAUAUGCUGAUAAAUUUGUUAAAAAAUAUGACGAUCUUAUCAAAGAUCCUAAUAUUACUAAAGAUAAUUCCUAUAAUAAACUAUUUUCUACUUUAUUAAGUGAUUAUAAUAAUUUAAAAAAUGAACAUAAUAUUCCUCAAAGUUGCAAAUCUGUAUCCCUUCCAGAGAUAAAUACAAAAAAUUCUAAACAACUUUCUGAACUUUCUGAAAAUUCUGGACAUUCUGGACAUUCUGGACAUUCUGGACAUUCUGGACAUUCUGAGCAUUCUGAACUUUCUGAAGUUACAUCAUCAAGUUUGUCGAUAUCAAACAAAAUAUUUAUAGUUUUAUCGAUAUUUGGUGCAAUAGCAUUUUUUUUAGGAAUUUCUUACAAGUAUUCGUUAUUUGGAUUUCGGAAACGGGACCAAAAACAAUAUUUAAGAGAAAAGCUAAAAAAAUAA